AUGGAUCUCGUCUCGGGCUACCACCAGAUGCUCGUCGUGCCUGCCAGUCGGAAGCAUACGGCGUUCCGGACCAACCGCCAGACGUACCAGUGGUGUGUCACGCCCAUGGGUCUCGCGGAUAUGCCGGCCGCCCGAGUCCCGCCGCCGAAGCCCAGCCAAAACCGCGUCAAGAACCUCCAAACCACCCCGGAACCCCCAAACCCCGCACUUAGCCGGAAUUUUCUCGCACCUUACCGGCGUCAAGUCAAGGCGAAGAAGACCGCGCCGUUGAAGAAGGUUUUUCGUCGACUCAAGCAAGACACCAGUGCCGAUAAAGUCCAGCAAGACCUUGUAGACGCACUUAAUCGGGCCGUCGACUACAACAAGUUCCACUUUCGAACUUUCUCCCUGCUGAUCGAACAAGCCACCGACCUCGUGGACAAGUCUAUCUUGAACGAAGUCGACAACAUCUACAAGGCCAAGCUUCUGCCCAUUAUCAAGUCUCGCGGUUACAACUAA